GUGGGUUACAAAGCAAAUGCAAGAACAGGAGCCUAGAGAACAAAUGUUUUGUUACAUCGAAAUGAGGCGGCAACAUCGAAAAAAGCUGGUGACUCUGGAAAACAAGCUAAAGGCUGAGAUGGAUGAGCAUCGUUUCAGAUUAGAAAAAGAUUUUGAAACUCAGUGUAACAACUUUGCGGCAGAAAUGGAGAAACUUACCAAGAAACAUCACGCUGCUCUGGAAAAAGAGGCUAAAGCGAUGUCCAAGGAGGAGGAAAAAUUUAAGCAACAUCUUCAGGCCCAGCAGAAGAAAGAACUGAACAGCUUUCUGAAGUCCCAGAAGAGAGAAUAUAAACUUCAAAAGGAACAGCUUAAGAAGGCGCUGAAUGAAAGCCAGAGCACCCCAAGGAAAGAAAAACAGGAGUGGCUGUCAAAGCAGAUAGAGAACAUCCAGCAUCUCCAAGCAGCGGAAAAGACUGAUCUUCUUCAACAUCAGAGACAGUGCCUAGGGCUGGAAUGCCGUCUCUUCCAAAGAAAGAUAUUACUUGGGCGCUGUAACUUGGAGCAGGACCUUGUCAUGGAGGAGUUAAAUAAGAGGCAGACUCAAAUGGACUUGGAGCAUGCAACGCUACUGCGACAUCACGAAUCCAUGCAAGAACUGGAGUUCCGCCAGCUCAACACGAUGCAGAAGAUGCGCUGUGAGCUGAUCAGACUGCAGCAUCAAGCCGAGCUCACUAACCAGCUGGAGCAUAAAAAACGGAGAGAACAAGGACUAAGGCGAAAGCAUGCCAUGGAGGUUCGACAACAGUCUAAGAGUCUGAAGUCUAAAAAACUCCAAAUCAAAAAGCAGUUCCAGGACACCUGCAAAAUCCAAACCAGACAAUACAAAGCUUUAAGAAAACAUUUACAGGAAUCUACACCAAAGAGUGAGCACAAAGCUCUUCUGAAACGGCUUGAGAAGGAGCAUACCCGGAAGGUAGCCAUCUUAGCUGAGCAGUGUGACCACAGCAUUCAUGAAAUGCUCUCCACUCAAGCCCUGCAUUUGGAUGAAGCACAGGAGGCAGAGUGCCAGGUUUUGACAAUGCAGCUGCAGCACGAACUGGAGCUGCUGAAUGCAUAUCACAGCAAAAUAAAAAUGCAGGCUGAGGCACAAGAUGAUCGAGAGCUUCGGGAGCUUGAACAGAGGGUCUCCUACCGCAGGGCACUCAUACAAAAACAGAUAGAAGAAGAGGUACUGACGUUUCAGAAUGAAUCUACGGAACGAAUACAAAGCCUGCUGGAGCGUCGAGCAACACAAAUGAAAGCUUUCAAGUCUGAAAGCGAGAGACUAGGUUUUAGUGACCUUGCCCCUGACGCAUUCAGCCACAGCUCCUCCAGAGCUUCUGAUUGGCCUCACAGUCCAACUGGGGGUCCAGGACCUCACUCGGGGCAUCCCAUAGGUGGCCCACCACAAGCCUGCGGCCAUCCAAUGCAAGGUGGGCCUAGUCAUGGAGGUCACCAUUCCACGCCAAUGCAUUGGGUACCCCGAGGUAGCAGUAUGGGAGUUGGCAAUGGCCCUCAGGCUCUGAGGCGGACAGCUGCCCGGCUAAGGACCGAACAGGGCAUGAGCAGAAGCACGAGCGUCACUUCACAAACAUCCAGUGGGUCACACAUGUCUUACACGUAACUUAAUAACUGAGAAUGGCAAUUCCGCUGAGCUGGCCGCCACUACAGACAUCACCCCAGCAGCCUCCUCACUUGGCUACUACCGUGUGGAAGCUGAGUGCAUGUGGUAUAUUUUAUUCAUUUUUGUAAAGCGUUUUGUUUUGUGUUUACUAAUUGGGAUGUCAUAGUAUUUAGCUGUUGGGUUUUGUGUUUUUUGUUUUUAACUUUUGGGGAAAUUUUAUGAAAAGGGGAAUUGGUGUGUAUGUGUAUUUAUCAAAUACACACACACA